AUGUCUUCAGUCCGGCGGAAAAGCCAUUGUAUGUUAACUCGAUUGGACGUAUCCCUUGGUUUGGACUUGGGCACUGUUGAUCCAGCCACGAACACACAAUCUGAGAAUGAACAAACUGACCAAGAUUCGCACUCAAAGGUCGAUCCGGUACAAUUUAACUUUACAGUACCCUCACCUGGCCGAUAUCGCGGGAUUGCCUUCUACAAAAAGUCAUCCAAAUCUACUGUUCCACGACCCUUUGUUUUUCGAACCGAGGAACGGUCCGUUCUCAGUCGGAGCACUACUCAGAAUAACUCCAUAGAUCGGUCAUUACCAGCUCCGAAAUCUCCGUCAGUGUUGUACAGGACGCCGUUCUACCCGAAACCAACUUCCCGUCCUCCUCUGGUCCCCAUUUCACCAAAACUGGCGACCAAAAGAAGGGCCGAGGAGCGAUCACGCUUCGAUGAGGCUAUUGAUCAGAAAAAGAAAGCGCUGGAGUUUCAGCUGGAGCAGGAGCGCAGGGAACAAGAGGUCAGAGAAGAACGAGAGAUCAAGGCCCUACGAGCACAGUUGGUGCACAGAGCGAAUCCCAUACGGCAUUACCAGCCUGUACCGCAACCUAGACGGGUAUCUCCCACCGUCCCUCGCUCUCCUCGAUUCGCCACAAAACUACGUGGACUCUGAUCUUUGCCACCUGUGUCGUCUGUAUAUAGGCUAACUCCCCUCAAAUGUACCAUACUCGUGAUCCCGUCCUACCCCCUUAUCGUAAACUGCUCUGUGAAUCUCCCUGUAUACGUGCAUUUUGUUGUUCCGUCAGUAUUCUUUCCAAUUCGCUGGUUAUCAUGCUUGUGGCAUCUGCCUUCGUCUUUUGUGCCGCUGGCUUGUUCGCGCAAUAACUGGUUGUCAUAAACAGUGACCUAUGGUUCUUUAUACACACGCAUAUUCAUG